AUGCCGGGAAGCCGAAAGGACCGGCAGUUCCUGCACUACUACUGCUCCCAGGGCGCGGCGGAGAUAUCAGGCUUCCUGUCCGCCAAGUUCUGGAGCGAGACUGUGCUUCGCCAGAGUCACCAUGAGCCAGCCAUCCGGCAGGUCUUGGUUGCGCUGAGCUCUCUUCACCUGCAGUACACCACCUCUGAUGCCCCGACUUCCACGUUGGCCCCCAAAGACACGCUAGCACAAUAUGGAAAGGGCCUUCAAAUGCUACGAAAGCGCCUAGGACAACCGUCACCCCAAGGUGUAAGGAUCGCCCUGAUCUCAUCUAUCAUGCUUUACUGUUUCGAGACCGCCCUGGGAAACAGCAAUGUUGCUAUUAUACAUCUUGAUAAAGGGUUGAUGCUACUACGCUCAGUUAAGGACCUCACUAACGAGGAAGACGGGGAAGCCAUCUUCGACUUACUCGCUCGCCUUGACGUCCAGGCCACGCUGUUCAACGACAGUAGGGUGCCGAUACUAACUCUCACAACUCCAUACGAACGCAAGAAUGGGUUUAUUGACUCCCCAGAGCUACCGUUUACAUCUCUCCAUGAGGCGCAGAAAAAGCUGGGCAAGCUUCAGAACUGGUUCUUUCGCUUCCUCAGCGACAAUUUCAGAAGUCAGCCAGUCCGUUUGGUGAAAAUUCCCCCGAGUCUUUUGGGUGAGCGGAACCUCCUGGAUUGGCACUUUACCGCGUGGCUUCAGAAGAGCCAAUACCCGAUCCCUACUACAACACUAGACGAGAAAGCAGAGACGGAGUGUGGGAUGAAUAUCCUCUUCACACAGCAUGGACCGUUCCGCAUGCUCCUCAAGUCAUAUUUUCUCGAAGAGCGUUCCCUAUCAGAAUCAGUGUUCGAAAUGUCACCAAAUCCUGAAGCUCGGGAAAUCGUACGGCGUGCCGAGUCUGUUAUCCAGUACUUAGAACAGAAAAGAGCGAAAGGAGGAGCGAAGACGCCAUGGGCCCAGCGUCGUACCUUUUCGUCCGAGACAGGCAUCAUCGUCGUGCUGUUCUUCUUGAUCUUCAAGUGCGCGGAUGAGUACGUCGUGGAGAAGGCCACAGAGCUUCUCUCUCACACGCAGAGACAAGAGGGGCUGGUCGAGGCGGCGUCGAUGAUGGCGAUUCUGAAUCAUCUGAAUGCGGUUAAACAGGCGAAGGCUUCGGCGUCGGUUGGCAGAACAGAGGGAUUUAAGACGUUGGAGGAUUGGACGGAGCAUGAUAUCAUCAGUCAGGAGGGCGUCGGUAUGGACCGCGAGGGGAAAAUGAUUCCGCCCACGAUAAUUAGAAACUGA